AGGACGGUACAAAGGUUAUAGCCUAAAAGAAUGAUGGCGAGCUGUUUUCCUUCGCUAGUGGCCAGGCUUCUUGUUUCUUUCUUCCUGAUUCUCCAAUGCGUGGUGGAGGGCAAGGUUUCUGGUGCUGUCCAACCAGAGAAGUAUGACAGGUUUACUGCAGGCUUCCGCCCUCCAUCAGUUCCUCUGGUCGUCGUUGAUCCAUAUUUCAGCGUAUGGUCUAUGGCUGAGAAUCUUUAUGAUGAUGUGACGAGGUUUUGGACUGGUAGGCCAGUCAACAUGUCGGGAAUGAUGUCCAUUGAUGAUGCUGUUUACAGAUUUAUGUCCAAUGAACCUUUCCUGCCCGAAGAGAGUAUGAAACAAGUCAAUGUCUCAGUGUUCCCCACUCAGACAGUGUACACAUUUCAACAAGAUGGGGUGCAACUUGUGUUGACUUUCUCAACACCAGCUGUAUGGAACUACCUCUAUAGCUUUCCAGUAACCUUUCUCUCCUACUACGUCAGAUCUGUUGAUGGACGGAACCACACUGUCCGUCUCUACUAUGACAACUCAGCUGAAGGAACAGUGUCAGAUAAUUCACACUUUGUGGUGUGGGAGAGAGUGAAUGUGUCCCAAAACUAUGACACUAUGAGGAUUGGGAAUUUUCACCAGAACUACUGCUACCAGAGUAAUGACAGGAUCGACUGGGGCUACUGGUUUGUGCAGGUGGCAGCUGAUCCCAGUGUGUCCACGAGUAUGGCCUUCACAGAGCUCUCCAGAAUGAGCUUUAUUACCAACUCUCCACUGCCUCCAGAUGAUAAGAACCAGCCUCGACCAUGUGAUGACAUGACUCCUGCUCUGGCUGUUGCCUGGGAUUUAGGAGUGGUCUCUCCAGGCAUCACCCUCUCUCGGUCACUCACACUGGCCUAUGACCAGGUCUACUCCAUAAAGGUGAUUUUGAUGAAACUACUUCGUCAAAAGUUAUUGCGUGAAAACCAAGUGAACAAGCCAAUUUGCAAAUUACCACUGACUUACCUCGUCUGCCUUCUGCCUGUUUGCAUACUGUGGAGACACCACGGAGGGUGAGUGCCGAGUCUCGCUAUGUCUAAAACGCUAUCUUGCCCGUGCCAGACUCUCACAGGGUUAGCUAGCUAACGAAGCGCAGCAGGAGGAAAUCGACAGUGUGGCUCUGCCCAUCAAUUAGCAGUACUGACAGUGCAUGUGUAUGGGUGCAAUGCAUACACGUGCGUGUCUAGUGCAAGGGUUUGCACUUCAGUGCUUUUCACUUUAUCUCAAAGCUACUUUGGUACCCUGAUGGCUCCACAAUGGAAGCAGGAGUUUGGUUCAGCCGAGAAGAUGCUGGCUGAAGUUAACAGAGAUGAGCUGAUAAUGACAAUGGAUUCAGAGGAUGAUCGUAUAACUAGUCAACUGUAUGCAGAGGGAGGCUCAAACUACACCACAAUCUCUUCUCUUGCAUGGAGACAGGCUACAGGUGCAACAGUAGCAGUGUACAACUAUGUUACAGAUGAGACGUGGAUGUUUAUGAAGGAAAUAUCAAGUGAUGGAGACGUCAGCACAGUGGAUGUGGUGUAUCCUGCGUCUCCUCUCUUUCUAUGGAAUUACAAUCACUCCUUUUCUCCCAUCAAACUUAUUCUUCUCCCAAUUCUGAACUAUGCUAACAAUGAAACUGCGAAGUAUGGACUGAAUGUGCCAUACAAUUUAUCCUGGGCACCACACCAUCUUGGAACAUGGCCAGUCUGUGAUCUGCCGCCCAAUCGCCAGGAACAAAUGCCCAUGGAAGAAAGUGGGAACAUGCUUAUAAUGCUGGCCUACCUUGUAAAGCGUGAUGGGGACCUCUCUUUUCUAGAGCCUUACUGGAACCUGCUUAGCAUUUGGGGGCAGUACCUUGCUGCAUCCCUGCCUGAUCCCGAAGACCAGCUCUGCACUGAUGACUUUGAAGGCCCAUCUCCUCAUAACUCAAACUUGGCUGUGAAGGGCAUGGUUGGUCUACGGGCGUAUGCGUAUCUACUAGAGAAGAAAAAGGAGACUAAAGAGGCUGAAGAGCUUCAAAAGAUGGACCUUAACUUCACUAAGAUAUGGUGGUUAGACUCCAUGGAUGGUCUGACUGAACUUCACUCUCGUCUCCAGUAUAACCUCCAUGAUACCUGGUCUCUCAAGUACAACUUUCUCUUCAGACAAGUGAUGAAUUUUACUGACAUAUUCACUGACGAAGACAUCACUCGAGAGCUCAAUUUCUACAUGACUCGGAUUAAUGAGUUUGGAAUACCUCUGGAUGACCGCCAGGCCUAUACCAAGGCAGACUGGCAGAUGUGGGUGGCAGCCAUGGGUACUCAGGACCAGUUUGAGACCAUCACAGACCUGGUGUAUUCCUUUGCAGACAAAACUCCCAAUAUGGUCCCCAUGACGGACUGGUACUACACAUUCACAGCAGAGUUAAAAGGUUUCAGAGCAAGACCAGUUGUUGGUGGAUUCUUUUCAAGGAUGUUACUUAAUUAUGCUGUCAAAGCCUAAUGUGUAUAAUAAUUAUAGUACAUACUUUUAUGUGAGUCCACUGUCAUGUGAAUAAAAAUGAAUGACGUGUGGAAAGAGCUAG